UUCAAUAUUUGGGGGGGUGGCGGCCAUGGACGAGGACACGUUGAAAGCGACAGUUUCUUUCGACCAGGCGGAAAAAGUUGCCACUUCCUGGGUUUUUGAUUACAUGUUUGCCACUUUGUGUCAUUACUUCUGUGACGAUGACCGGGCGGAGGAUUUUCAGCGGACGUGCAGAGCCAUGGAAGUGAUUCUGGAGGGUAUACCUACACUGGAUUCAGAGACGUCAAAGGCUGUCUUAAUCUCACAGUUUCUCACCCGUGUUGCAGAAGGAAGACAUCUUGAUGUACAGUAUGAAACAGAUGAGAAGCUCACACCUCUAGAAGCAGCUGCAGUGGUGUUUGAUCAGAUUAUUGAAGAUGAUGAUGACCUGAGAGUUCUUCAGGAAGAAAUAAAAACAUUGGUUAAAGUUCAGGCGAUAGCAGUUUGCAUGGAAAAGGGAAGAUUUAAGUUGUCAUCAGAAGUUCUUGAUCGACAGUUUGAAGAAUCUGAGACGAAUAAGUAUCUGAGAAUGAAAAUGUCUAUGGUGGUUGGUAAAAAAGACCCAUAUCAUGAAUUCCUUGAAAAUUUCUCUUUUACCAAAAUGUUAAAGAAAAUCAAAUCUUACACCAGUCUUACACUGGACAGAAGACCCCCUGUUUUUCUGCUACAGGCAGCAACAAAAAUGGUAGACGCUAAAAGGAAAAUGGAAGUCCAAACGAGCGAAAACAUAGUUCAUGAACCACUAAGGUAUAUAAGGGAGAACAAAAAUCAACAAGCACAAGCAGAUGAUGAUGAGGAGGAGGAGGACUUACAAAAGGAAGACAUCGCUACAAGUGAGUGUGCAGACAUGUCUGAGGAGAAGAGCAGCGCAGAUCAAAAUGAAUUGACAGGGGAAGCCGCGCAUAUUACAGAUAAAGCAACAGAAAGACCGCUGAGGAGACUCUUUUCUUUGGAGCGAGGCACACCAUGGCAUCCAGACAAAAUGUGCAAGAGGAUAAUAAGCAAACCCAUUACAGCAAAACAAAGCUCUGAUACAUUAGAAAAUGUACCAUGUGAACAUCUUGAAACUUCUGUUAAUUCUACAACAAUUAAGAAAAGACAGCCUUGGACCUGGGAAGAAGAUGAGCUAUUAAAGAAAGGAGUAAAAAAAUAUGGAGCAGGGAACUGGAGUAAAAUACUAGUCCACUAUAGAUUCAACAACCGCACUGGUGUCAUGCUGAAGGAUCGCUGGAGAACCAUGAAGAAACUGAACAUAGUCCACGAUGAGUGAUUGAGUGAUCAGUCAAAGAACUGGCUGCAAAUUGGGAGGAUUCCCUUUUUUUCUUUUUUUAAGCUUCUGAGCUAAAAUGUUGCACAUUAUUAACCAAGGGAAGUACAUUCUCACUUCAUGGGAUGCUGGAGCUUUAUUUUCUUUAAAUUGUUCCUAAUUUUAGACCUAGCAGUAUUAUUAUUUUUUUCCAGUUCUGUGCAUUUUUUUUACAUUUCAAACCCAGCUUUCUGUGUGCAGUUGAAAAAAAACAUACUCACCUGCUCCCCACCACUCCUUUCCGAGUCCCUAGCUCAUUUCUGCGGUUUUCCGAUCAUCGUCCUGCAAACUUUCAGGCAGACAGGGUGGACCACUGCAGCUAAUGACUGACCUCAGCGGUGAUGUCUUCCCGAGCAGGCCUGUCACUGCUGGGUCACGUGCCGCUCAGGAACACAUCACUGCUGAGAGCAGUCAUUGGCUGCAUAGGUGCACAUGAACCCGUCCAUUCAGAAGUUUACAGUACGGGGACCAGAAGACCGCCAAAGGGAAUCUGAAAGGAGCGGCAGGGAGCAGGUGAGUAUUGUUUUUUUCAACAGGUACAGAAGGUUGGGCUUGAAAUUAAAAAAAUGUGUGGAAGAGAUAAUUUUUUUUUUCUUUGUAAAGAAAACAAAGUAGAGGUGGGAUGACGAAUCCAUCGAAUUUUGCUGGAUUCGUGGACUCAAAUCCCGACGAAAUUCAAAUCCGACGAAUCCUGCCACGACAUCACACCCAGCCAGGCAACUGUUAUUGCUCAAGUAAUGGCAGCCUCCAUAUACCUCUAAUUUCAGUUGUCCUUAAAGGGAUUCUGUCACCUGGAUUUUAGUGACAGAGCUUUUAACAUCAGUCUGCUCGUUUUGUAUUAAAAUAUACUAGUAUUACUACCCUAAGUGUUAUUUGUCUACAAAACAGCUUUUAUUAAUAUGGUAAUUACCUGAGUAAGGAGCCCAAGGGGCUGUCCCUCCGGCCGUUGGAGCCCAGAUGGGCCCCUUCUCCUGGAGCCCAGCACCGCCACACUACUAAUUUAUUCACUCCUCAUUGCCGGUUCGCGCAUGUGCAGUGAGGCCGACUCCAGGCACGGAUACGUGUAUCCAUGGAGCAUGCGCAGAUGGCUCAGCGACACCGGACAUAAUGCGUUCACUGAGCCAUCUGCGCAUGCGCUGUGGAUACACAUGUCAGCGCCUGGAAUCUGCCUCACAGGACGCACUGCACAUGCGCCAGCCGGCGAUGAGGAGUGGUACCUUCUUCACAGAAGU